AUUUUCAUAUGUCAACAGUAGAUUCAGGAUUACGUUAGGCAGUGGGGUACUUAUUUGAAGGUUUUGUGAAUAAUUGAGGGGCAGGGUUAUCAUAUAUUCAUAUAAAUAAAAAAAACAUGGCUCAAAAGAUAAUUCAAAUCUCACGCUCGGCAAACAGAGUUUUGUCAGCUACAAGUGCUUUGUAUCGCCUGAAAAUACCAAUCAGAACAAUGUCAGAUCAAAAAGAUUUUCGUAUUGAAAAGGAUACUUUUGGAGAUUUAAAAGUACCGAGUAAUAAAUAUUAUGGAGCACAGACAGCACGAUCAAUAAUCAAUUUUCCAAUUGGAGUGGAUACUGAACGUAUGCCGCUACCUGUAAUUAAAGCAAUGGGUGUGUUAAAAAAAGCAGCUGCUCUUGUAAAUAAGGAAUAUGGAUUAGAUGCCAAAAUUGCAGAUGCUAUUGCAAAAGCAGCCGAUGACGUAAUAUCUGGAAAAUUGUAUAAUGAUCAUUUCCCGCUUGUUAUAUGGCAAACUGGAUCUGGUACACAAACAAACAUGAAUACGAAUGAAGUGAUAAGUAACCGUGCAAUUGAAUUAUUGGGUGGUGUACUUGGAUCAAAAGAUCCUGUACAUCCAAAUGACCAUGUAAAUAAAAGUCAAAGUAGUAAUGAUACGUAUCCAACGGCUAUGCACAUUGCUGUUGCCGUUGAAAUUAAUUCGUCAUUACUCCCUUCAUUAAAAUGUCUACACGAAGCGUUAUGUAAAAAAGAAAAAGAAUUUGAGAAAAUUAUUAAGAUUGGAAGAACUCAUACUCAAGAUGCUGUACCAUUAACAUUAGGUCAAGAAUUCAGCGGUUAUCGGCAACAAAUUGCAAAUGGAAUAAAACGCGUAGAACAUACUCUGCCCCAUUUAUAUGAACUUGCAUUAGGAGGAACAGCGGUUGGAACAGGUUUAAAUACAAGAAUUGGUUUUGCCGAAAAGUGUGCUGCUAAAAUUGGUGAAUUAACUGGUUUACCUUUCGUAUCAGCGCCAAAUAAAUUUGAAGCAUUAGCUGCCCAUGAUACAAUGGUGGAAGUAUCCGGUGCAUUAAACGUACUUGCAUGUUCCCUAAUGAAAAUAGCCAAUGAUAUAAGAUUCUUAGGAUCUGGACCCCGUUGUGGUCUUGGUGAAUUAAUUCUACCAGAAAACGAACCAGGUUCAUCCAUUAUGCCUGGUAAAGUGAACCCAACACAAUGUGAAGCUAUUACAAUGUGUGCUGCUCAAGUAAUAGGAAAUCAUGUAGCCGUUACUGUUGGUGGUUCAAAUGGACAUUUCGAAUUGAACGUUUUUAAACCAAUGAUGGUAGCGAAUGUGAUCCGUUCAAUACGAUUAAUCUCAGAUAGUUCAGUUAGUUUUACCAAAAAUUGUGUAGAUGGAAUUCAAGCGAACGAACAACGAAUUAAAACUAUGCUACAUGAAAGUUUAAUGUUGGUAACAGCAUUAAAUCCACAUAUUGGUUACGAUAAGGCUGCUAAAAUCGCUAAAACUGCGCAUAAAGAAGGUUCUACAUUAAAAGAGACAGCAAUUAAAUUAGGAUAUUUAACUGAACAACAAUUUGCAGAAUGGGUUCGACCAGAAAAUAUGUUAGGUCCAAAAUAAAAUGUAAAUUAAAUGUAUUGUUGGCAUAAAAGAUCUUUUUACAUGUUUUUAAUAUGUGUUUGUAUAUAAAAUAUAUUAUGUUAAUAAACCUUAAAUCUUGGAUCGGA